AUUCACAAAAUUGAAAACGUUGCUCAAAUUCAAAAAUCUAGAGACGAAAACUUCUUGUUGUUGACAAGAUCAAAAUUGGUGGACUUGGGUCUUGGGCCAGUGGGUAGAUAUUUUACUGAAGAUGGAAAAUUCGAAAUUGGUAACUUCUUGUUGUUGACAAUACGAAAACUUGCUGAAGAUCGAAGAUCUAAAUACCGUAACGACCCCACUAAGAUGAAGAAGAUUAAAAAAGCUGCUGCUGAAAAGUCAAAAAGAGCAAUUGGAGAAUCCUCACGAAAAGCAAAAAAUGAUGAUACUGCACGUCUGCGUCUACCGAAGGGUAUGAAGUACUGGAUUAAAAAGGUCCCUGCUCAUCCAUUGCAUUUCGGUAGUUAUUGUAACCAAAAUUUUGGAGAACACAUUAAGGAAUAUUUGGGUGAAGAAGUUUUAAAUUUAUUCCGUGAAACAAUUUUUGGUUCAUUUCUAGACAUGCCGCUGUGCAAUUAUCAGGGCCAAAUAUCCAAAUGCUUGCUUAUGCUAGAGAUAGAGCAAGACGACUCGGAGGAAAUUCAUGUUUAUGUGCAGGGAACCAUUCUGAAGUUUUCUAUUAUUGAGUAUGUCAUUAUAUCCGGGCUUAAAUGUUCAGGGAACAGACAUCUCGUUCAGAUUGGGCAAAUGUUGAAGCAUAUAGGGAUAAGAUGAGUCAAAGGACACAGUUUUUGAAUCAACAUCCCUUUGAUGUUGAGUAUGUUCAGAACAUUAUGCAACAAGAAUGCGAUAGUGUAUUAAGUAUAUUU